AUAGUCGGGUUCGCCUUCCUCGGGUUGGGUCUGUGGCUGAGGUUCAGUGACAACACCAGAGGAAUCUUUGAAAUAGACGCCCUCAGCUCGACCACGUUCGUAAUAGCUGUGACGGUCCUGAUCACGCUCGGCUCUGUGAUGCUGUUCGUGGUCGUUUUUGGGGAUUACGGAGCGUGCAACGAGAAGAGAUGUGCUCUGCAAGUGUUCAACGUUCUUCUGACUCUUCUGGCCAUAGCUGCUAUCGGGAUCGGAGUGAUCACUUACACCCAGAGAGUCGAGGUCGGGCAGCGUAUCGCAGAGUUUUACAGCAGCCUGUACGCUCUGUACGCGAUCAACGGAGACCCCGUCGUCCAAGUGACUCUCACAUUCAUCCAAGAGAUGCUUCACUGCUGUGGAGUGACGGGGGUCCCGGUGGUCGAGACUCUGAAGUGCCCCAAACCAGACUCCUUCAGCGAGCACCUCAUCAUGCCUAACUGUCCUCAGGUCAUCAGCUCGAAGUUUGACAGUCAAGCUCCGCUGAUGCUCGGGAUCUUUGUGGGAACUGGAUCCCUGCUGGUCGUAGCUCUGAUUUGCAGCUCCAUUCUCAGAUCAAAGAUCACUCAGGUCUCCUCCACCUCUCAGUACAUCAUCCUGACUCAGUCCUCUCCCGUGCAGCUGGCUAACCCUCCACCCUCACAGCAGCAGGACUUUUUCUCCGUCUCGUACCCCAACCCCGACCAGGAGCCCGUGGUCUUCACCCCCCUCACUGUGGCUUCUCUGACUCAGGCUUAGUCCUUUCCCCUCUGUCCUGAUCUUAGUCUGUAAGAGCACGCCAUGACGCUUUCAUGUGUUCAGCUUCUCUCUGCAUGGAUGGAGGGUCCUGCUUUCUGUGAAGGAAAGAUCCAACCUGAAAGACCCCAACAAGACCCUAAAGACCCCAACACGACCCUAAAGACCCCGAAAGACCCUAAAGAACUCAACACGACCCUUAAGACCCCAACACGACCCUAAAGACCCCAACAAGACCCCAACACGACCCUAAAGGCCCCUAAAGACCCCAACACGACCCUUAAGACCCAACACGACCCUAAAGACCCCAAAGACCCAACACGACCCUAAAGGCCCCUAAAGACCCAACACGACCCUUAAGACCCCGAAAGACCCCUAAAGAACUCAACAUGACCCUUAAGACCCCAACACGACCCUAAAGACCCCAACAAGACCCCAACACGACCCUAAAGACCCCGAAAGACCCCUAAAGAACUCAACACGACCCUUAAGACCCCAACACGACCCUAAAGACCCAACACGACCCUAAAGGCCCCUAAAGACCCCAACACGACCCUUAAGACCCCUAAAGAACUCAACACGACCCUAAAGGCCCCGAAAGACCUCAACAAGACCCUAAAGACCCAAACACGACCCUAAAGGCCCCUAAAGACCUCAACAAGACCCUAAAGACCCCAACACGACCCUUAAGACCCCUAAAGAACUCAACACGACCCUAAAGGCCCCUAAAGACCUCAAUAAGACCCUAAAGACACCAACAAGACCCAAAAGUGCCCUUAAGACCCCAACACGACUCCAAACACCCCAACACCACUGUAAAAUCCCUUACGACCCUAAAGACUCGUAAAACCCCAACACGACCCUAAAGACCUCAACAUGAACCUAAAGACCCCAACACAGACGGGGGUCUCUCAGAUUGUGAGGGUCUUGGUGCCCCCCUGUGGGGAUCUUAAAGGGUUGGAUCUUUCUAAAAACACUUUUCUUCUCUGUAGUUCUGAUCUGUGAUCUUAGUGCACGCUCUCAUUCAGCGGCUGUGGUUGAUCCUGGAGGUGAUGCAGCUUUCUCCCCCACCUCGUCCUCACCCCCUCCCCCCUCUCUCUCUUCACACGGCAGGUCAUCGCUCUGGUGUGCUCCAUCGUCCUCCUGAAGCAGCUCCGCACGGUGCAGGAGGAGGUCAAAGCGUACUAUGGGGCCGUGUACUGAGGAGGGCGAGGAGGAGGAGGAGGUCACUCUUCUUCACGAGUCGUCAGGUUCAACCAGAACCAGAAAACUUUACAGGAAUGUUUCCGUUAGUGAACAACUGAUGGUCCCCGCUUUACAGUUUAAAAUGUUUUUUUUUUUUUCCCGUCCUUUAUCGUCACGCUAUGUUCGUGAGCGGACCGGCUGUGAAGACGGGAAACAGUCGAGUAGAAUCACGUUUGCUGCUUGUAAUGACACUUAAUCAGAAUCAUUUCUAACCUGACGGGCUGAUUAUCGGCUCGACAUCGAGGGAAACGCUUCAUGUUCAGAACAAACUGACGCACACACUGAAAAUCUUUCUUCAUGUUGUUUGUCUGCUUUGCACUAGUCUGUUAAUAAAGCUCAACUUUCUUUAAAGAAA